AUGUGCGACUCAUGGGAGAAGCCGCACGAUGCUUCAAGUUUACGAGAACUAGAACAGCUCCGCGUCUUGUCCAUGUACGAAUUUGACCCACCACUCUCAAGUCAAGAGCUUCUCAGAGCGCUACGGACUUGUGGGAAUCGAACCGAGGACGCGUAUCAGUAUCUGAAGGUCUGUCAUCGUCAUCAACAUUCCAUUGCAAUGCCUACAUCUACUUCUAUUGCUACAGCUAGUAAUAGUAUGGGAAAACACGAGAGAGCUAAACGAAGCUUGAGUGCGUCACCUGUGGAUAACAGUAGCACGCCCAAGAAACGACAGAAGGACCAGAGCUUUGCAUUGAUCGAGUCUCAGGAACAGAACAAAGAAGAGGACGAGCAAUGCAAUAGCAAGACUACUUUUGUGAUACAGAAUGAGAAGGAGCUAGUGCUGAUAUCUCCAGACGAUACUAGAGUACAGCAAUUGCUGCUGGAGACAGUCGAGGACCGCGUUGUUGCCAGACAACCAUCUCGCAAGCCUGAAUGGAUAAAUGAUUUGUGGAAGUGUCUCCAGGCAUCGCCUGUACAUGAAAUUGCAAUACAAUUGAAUGUGACGGUGGAUGCAUUGGCCAAGUGGGUAAAAGAAGUGGAAUCGCAGCAGGAUGCACAUGAUAUUCAGACACGAGGAGUGGUAUUGACAGGUGAGGUCGUUGCAAGCCAACCACGUGAAGUGGAAAUAACGGAUGAGACCAUAGCGUAUUCUUUGGACGAUUGUAUGAUCUCAGCGAGCGAUGAAGAGGCAAUAGCUAUUGUGCAAGCCCACACUGACGCCUUAAGCUUGAGUGCAAUUGCCCGUGCCAAUGCUGCAAAGCAUGCUAUUGAGUGUCUCUCUGCUGCUUGCAAAACUUACAUGGACCGACUCAGUCAGCUUUCAUUCUCAAACGAAACGAGCUGUAGAGAAAAGGCUGAAACAGAAGCGUCACUUGAAGCAUUGAACCAAAAGCUGAAUAGCUUGGUAGACGAAAGUACGGUCGAUGUAACGAACACUGAGCGUGCAUUGUCAGACGCGAAAGAGACAAAGGAAACCUUGUCACUGCAAAUAGCUCAGUGUGUGCGUGAACGGCACGAAGAGUUAGUGGCAGCGGGCGAGACAGACGCAUCAGCUAGUAUUCAGUCUGUCAUUGAAAUUUGGAAGCAAGACAACUCCGAGGUGCAGGCGUUGUGGAGUUCUCGCAGCGAAAGCGACCGGCAGGUGGAGAAGACUACGCAUGCAUUGAGGGUAGCUCAGCACGCAUUAACGUUUUACAAAAGCCUGUCAGUUCUUUUCUGCAAAGUUCGUGAACGGCGCGAGAAAGCCCUUUCUAAGACCUUUGAAGGUCUGGAAGAGGCACGUGCGAGCUCAGUAGCCUGCGCGACGACAGCACUUGAAAAGACGAUUCCAACGCUUGCGCGCGCACUGUGCACGUACUAUGAAUUUCACACUGUCCAGCAAUUGAAGGCGAAGAAAGAACUAGAAGAACAGGAGAAGGCUCUUGAAGUUCACAAUGAGUACUUUGGUGACUCCGCGCCAAUCAAGAAAGACGACAUUGAGCGCCGUAUUCGUGAGUUUAUAGGAGUGACGCAAAGCUCAGUGCAAGUGGUUAUGGAGAUUGCGGAAGGUCAGCAGCAGCUGUGGGAAAAUAAGCACGCAGUUUUAUCAGACUCGGCCCGUGGUGUGCUUAUCCGCGAGUUUAAAGAUUUAUGGUUGCAGCUAAGUGGGCCGAUGCAAAGUGUUGUGAAGAAGUUUGUGACGACAAUUGAGGAAAUUACAGGUGGAGCUGUGGCUGUAGAACCCCACUGUGCUCAAAAACUUCAACAGCCCACGAGUCCUGUGUUCACCACAACAAUUGCCUUGGAUGAACAAGUGUUUCCAGCAUUUACAAUUCCAGCCUUCCCAAUCAGCCAUACCGAAGCGUUAACGCCGUACCGAACGGCAAUCUCAGCUAUUUCUGCCUCGAAUCAGGUCUCAAGUACUACUGGCUUGCCCAUAUCUAACAAGGAGCGUAAUAGUACUAGCAAUUCCAUGACAAUGAGCUUGGCCAACUAUGCACUGACAGACAGCGAUCAAACGAUGGUGUCUUCAACGUUGCCCCAAGAAACGCUUAUUGAGCCGCAUAAGUCGCGUCAUAAAUAUCCUGUCGACUCUGUUCUGUAUUCAAAGGUUACCGUUGACAAGAAUUGCACGCAGUUUGUUCGUGGAGUUGUCGUGAAACAUCUGGACAACGAGAUGUACUUGAUGCAGUAUGAUAAUGGUGACAAAUAUUCUGUGGGUAGCUCAUUCCUCUUUACCAAGGAUCUGAUGGAAGAGAAUGUAAAAGCUGGCGAUACUCGAGCAACUUGCCAGGACACAGAGAUGGAGGAUGUUGAGCAAGAAUCAAGCGGAGGCACUUGUGUCAUUAUGUAG